AUGACCAUCGACGCUGGAACUGCCCUCGCGGCCAUCGCCGCUGCGAAUGAUGUGGACACGCUGGAGAAGGCACUCCAGGAUGCUUCGUUCAUCGACGCUACGCCAGGAGAUGAUCGCCAAAAGUACAGGGCUGGCAAGGCCAAGCUGAGGAAGCUCAAGACCGAGCAGGCGGCCAAGGGAGGGGCUGCCAGUGCGACUGCCAAGCCUGCUGAGAAGUCACCCCAUGCCAAGGAGAGCUACGACGCCUCCGAGUUCGGGAGCCUGGUGGAGAAGUAUGAGAAGCUGAACUGGCGCAUCAUCUCCAAGCCCGGCGGUGCAACGGUCAAGCCUGAUGAGUUUUACACUCUGUACGGGUACCACAUGCAAGCGUUGCAGGGGGACAACGCCACUGAGCGCCCCAUGUGGGCAGAGAAGGGCGGGCUCGACUUCGAGGGCCGUGCACGCUGGGAUGCUUGGGCGGCGCUCAAGGGCACCCCCGAGGCCAAGGCCAAGCUGGAGUUCGUCCGACUGUACUACGAAUUCCCGGUCAAGUCGUUGUACUCCGACACCCGUGCCUGA